GCAAUUGUCGAAAAGAUCCUAAAGUGGAAACAAUAUUUAGAAAGGAGAGAGAACAAAAGGGAACAAGGGAAUAACACAAAAUUCCCCCCAAUCAGUUCCCACUUCCCAGGUUUUAGAGUCAAACGCAUGCUCAAUUGCUCAUGAUUAUUGGCUAGUCUAUCAUUUUUGCCUCCCCAAUUUGCCUGAAUUUCCAACACAACAACAAGAUUUGGGUUGAAAAUCAUUCAAUUCCCUAGAUUUUUGCUCCCACAAUCCAAGAUUUUAGUUAGAUUUCUGCUCCUCGAUCACCGCUGCUUCUGGGUGCUCUACUCUCAUGAACUUGUUGUAGACUUUGGUGCUGUUCAACUGUGGCAAGUUGCAACAUGCUAAGGUUGACAGUGGUGGGUGAAUUUUGGGGGCCAAAAUCUUGUGUUAGAUAGUGUGAUGGAAAAGAAGAAAAUAGAUGAAGAUGGAUCAGGACCAUCAUCACCCAAACCAGUGGACAGAUUUGGGUUCAUAAAGCCAGAAAGUAGCAACUCUCCUGAUAAUUUGAAGAGGAGCAAGUCUUCUGGAUCGGAAAGGGAAAAAAGAAGAGUUCAAAAAUGGAGAAAGAUGAUUGGGGUUGGUGGGAGUGAUUGGAAGCAUUAUGUAAGGAGGAAACCUCUUGUUGUUAAAAGGCGUAUCAGAAAAGGUAUUCCUGAUUGUUUGAGGGGCCUUGUUUGGCAAUUGAUCUCUGGAAGUCGUGACCUCUUGCUCAUGAACCCGGGGGUCUAUGAGCAACUGGUGAUAUAUGAGACUUCAGCGUCAGAGCUGGACAUUAUUCGAGAUAUAUCACGUACUUUCCCUUCUCAUGUCUUCUUCCAGCAAAGACAUGGUCCGGGUCAGAGAUCACUCUACAAUGUUCUGAAAGCAUAUUCUGUGUAUGACAGAGAUGUUGGAUAUGUUCAGGGUAUGGGGUUCAUUGCUGGUUUACUGCUUCUUUAUAUGAGUGAGGAAGAUGCAUUCUGGCUGCUGGUUGCAUUGCUUAAAGGGGCCGUUCAUGCCCCAAUGGAAGGAUUAUAUCUGUCAGGAUUGCCUUUGGUACAACAAUACCUUUUUCAGUUUGAUCUUUUGGUGAAAGAAUACUUGCCCAAGCUUGGAGAGCAUUUUUCUCAAGAGGUUAUAAACCCUAGCAUGUAUGCAAGUCAAUGGUUCAUUACCGUGUUCUCUUAUUCUUUUCCCUUUCACUUGGCCCUCCGGAUCUGGGAUGUCUUUCUUUAUGAGGGUGUGAAAGUUGUCUUCAGAGUUGGGUUGGCCCUCUUGAAGAGUUGUCACGAUGACUUGGUAAAGUUGCCUUUUGAGAAACUCAUCCACGCGUUGCGUAAUUUUCCCGAAGAAGUGAUGGAUCCUGAUACAUUGUUACCUUUGGCCUAUUCAAUCAAGAUUUCGAAGCCUUUGGAAGAAUUGAAGCUUGAAUAUGAAAAAGUACAUGGGAAAGAAGGGCAGUCUAUAAUUGCAAGAGGGAAGCAGAAACAGGUAUUAGAAAGGAAUGGUUCUUCUUCUCGUAAUAGCAAGCGAGCAGAAAAGCAGAAAGGAGAAUCAAUCAAAUCUCCUGAAACAAUAUUGCUAAAAAAGGUGUCAUUGCGGAGGCAUUUCUCCCAUCGAAAGGCAGAACAUGACAAGCUGGAUGGGCCAGUGGCGCAACCUGUUCAGGAGUUAAAAAGACGUGAUUCUCAGCUUAUGUCUAGGCACGCCACUAGUUAAUAAAUACAACAAGCAAACCAUUUAUUCUUUCAUUCUUUCAUAGUGUGAUUGUACAUUAUUUGGGUGAAUGUAUACAAAACAUUAGCCAAUAUUUAUGCAAUCUGAUUUUUGUGGAUA